CCCUCUACAGGGCAUACAAUCGAUCCGCAGCCAUGGCAAACAAAGCUCUCGUCCUUCUGGCCGUCCUCUUCUGCGCCCAGGCCGUCCUCGGCGUCACCGUCAUCUCCAAGUCGGAGUGGGGCGGCCGUGCCGCCAAAAGCAAGUCCACGCUGGCCAGCAAGUUGAGCUAUGCCGUGAUCCACCACACCGCCGGCAACUACUGCUCCACCAAGGCUGCUUGCAUCACCCAGCUGAAGAACAUCCAGGCCUACCACAUGGACUCCCUGGGCUGGGCUGAUAUCGGCUACAACUUCCUCAUCGGCGGUGAUGGCAAUGUAUACGAGGGUCGCGGCUGGAACGUGUUGGGUGCCCAUGCCACCAACUGGAACUCCAAGUCCAUUGGCAUCUCCUUCCUGGGUAACUACAACAGCGACAAGAUCACCUCCGCCCAGAUCACCGCCGCCAAGGGUCUGCUCUCCGAUGCCGUGUCCCGCGGUCAGAUCGUGUCAGGCUACAUCCUGUACGGUCAUCGCCAGGUCGGCUCCACCGAGUGCCCUGGAACCAACAUCUGGAACGAGAUCCGCACCUGGUCCAACUGGAAGGCCUAAGUUUGCCAGAUCAAUGCAUUAACAAAAAACGAAAAAAAAAAAUUAUUCAAAUAUAAUAAAUUUCAUA